AUGGCCUUUUUACACUGGCGGAUGCAAAUGAUGAAACUCUCUUUGGUGAUAUUAUUGGCAGCUGUAACAACAAGAGCAGCAGCUGAUCAAGCCCUACAUGGUUGUGCAGAAAAGUGCGGUGAUAUAACAAUCCCAUAUCCAUUUGGGAUAGGCGAUGGCUGCUACCUGCGUCCAGAAUUCAACAUCACUUGUAAUGGACCCACCACACCCACGUCAACAAACUUUGCAAACAGUACCUAUACUUUUCCCAUGGCCAUAGCUAACUUUUCCAUUUCUGAGGGUGAGCUGCAAGUCAUGCAGGCCGUAGCCCUAGAUUGUUAUGACAACAAGGGUGUAAAGAUAGCCAACAGCACAAGUACGCUGGAGCUGCCGCCUUCUUAUACCAUCUCUGCAAAAAACAAGUUCUUUCUCGUUGGCUGUAAUAAUGCAGCAAUUUAUGAAGGUCUACUUCAGUUCCCAGACCCAGAUGAAGGAAGUGACUUCCAAGCAGCCGGGUUCACUGUGACCUUGUGUGUAAAUGAGCUUGGCAAAGAGUUGCACGAGUCUUGUGACGGCUUUGGGUGUGCCCAAACUUCCAUCCUUAGUGGACUCCAAAAUAUCACUGUGUCCUUGGAUGCACUUGAUGCUGAUAACCGAACAGAUUCGUGGAGCUUAAAGUACCUGUGCAGCUACGCAUUCAUUGUGGACGAAGGCAAUUUCACAUUCUCCCCGGAGAGAAGUUUCCAACAAUUGAAUACCACAAGGCAGCAACUUCCAGUACUUAUUAACUGGGCGAUUGGGGGCGAGCCAUGUGAAGUAGCAAAGAAGAACCACAGUACUUAUGCAUGCAAAGAAAAUACCACCUGUGUCGACCGAAGUACCAUCACAAAUGGUACGGUUGGUUACCUUUGCCACUGCUUGCCAGGUUACCAUGGAAAUCCGUACCUUGGUUGCCAAGGUAACUAUGCACACCUUAGUGAAAGCUCAGUAUGA